AUGACCCAUCUGGAUUCAAGUACCUUGGCUACAUAUAAUUCUUUGGCUGAUCCUCAUUUACAAUGUUAUUUUAGUAAUGAACGUAUUCGAUCUCAUUUAAGACAUGCUGGACUAAUUAGUCGUCGAGGUGAAAUUGUACCUGAUAGUGAAUAUCGAGUAAAAUUAGCUCGACGUGAUCAUAAAAAACAUGUUCGACAAAUGCUUGCUGAAAAUAUUGUUCAUCGAGCGAUUGAUAUGGAACGAGCACGACAAGCUGAAUUGAAGCGUCAAUUAGAUAUGGUAUCAAAAUCAGCUCUGGUGCAUAGUGUUAAAGAAUCAAGACGACGAGGUGGAUAUCCAUCUGGAAAUAUGUCAAAUUCUCCUGAUAUGGGUUUACUUUCAAUGCAUUCAUCUUGGUCACAAAAUCGACCUAAAAGUGCCAGUCAUCAUAGGGAACUUGAAACAACAAAUGAAGAAUUUGGUGAAGUAUCCCGAGUUUCUCGUGUUCAAUCAGCUCAUGUUAGUGGUGAUCGUCGUAAAAAAUAUUCAUCAAAAAGUCCUAAUCAUCGUCGUCAUCAAUAUCUUAAUCGACCAAAAACAUCAUCUGCUCCAAGAUCAUUACCAUUACACCGUUCUCGUGCAUUGACAAAACCACCAGAUUCUUCAUUAUCAACCCCUCCAUGUCGAAUAACAAUGGUUUAUUAUGGUCCACAUACAAAACUUGAGUAUGAUCGUACACUAUUCGAACCCGUUGAUGAAAUUAUUGUUAUGCAACAACAUUGUGGAGGAGAAAAUUUAAUUGUUUAUAAAGAUAAUCUCAAAGCUGGAGAUGAAUUUACAUUUAAUUCACGUCGUCAUUCAGAUUAUCCAUUUGGUUUAUCCUUAUAUGUUAAAGGAUUAAUCGAUAGUCGAAUAUCAACAUGUUGUGAAUAUAAACAUCGUCAUGGUGUAAGAUUAGGUGGAGAACAUGGUCAUUUCGCUAUUGUAUCAGUUGAAGGAUCAAAACCUUGCAUUAAAUGUCGAUUCGAAAAACAAACUCGAUUAAAACAUUAUGCUGAUUCACCAAAAGAUUUAAAUGAAAGAGAUGAUGGAAAGAAAAAACCAAUAACAAUUUCUAUACCAGCUUCAAGUGAAACUAAAACGAGACAAACACCUGUCAAAAUACCUGUUAGACAUACGUCAAAUUCGAAUGAAAAUUAUGUGGAAGAUUUCGAUGAAUCUGAUGAUACAGAAACAUCAAAACAUGACUCUUCGCGCGUAUCAAAGGAAGAUAAAAUAAAGACUGGAGCAACAGCAGCAGAUUAA